AAUAAAUUUUUACUGGUCCGGCAGCACGACAAGAGGUUUUUGUUUACAGCACGCCGGCUGCAGUUUUUAAGAAUUAAAAAGAUAUUUAUUUGUAAAUUAAGGCAAUUUUUACACACACGAACUCGCAAUGUCGCAGACCAUGCCGCCAGAGAACUUAAGCAGCCGCCUGUUGACGGUGCUCAGUUUGCCUCUUUUCGAGCGCGUGCACGAGCUGAGCAUCCUGUUCGAUCGGUGCUCCCUGCGCCAAGUGCAGGAGAUCUUCCCCCACAUUGUGCACUCCAUCUUCGGGAUCAGCGGCAAUCCUUUGGGCUGGGGCCUGCGGACCACGACGCUGGAGAACAACCCACUGCACUUCCAAACGCUGCAGCAGUUCUUCGGCGUCUGUGGUCCUUGGAUGCACGUUUGCCACCGCCUGCUCCUCGACCAGUACAAAUUCGAGCUGGACAUCAACCUGCUGCCGGCCAAAUUCGUUAGCCUGUUGCAGAAUGGUCAAAAUCCCAGGUUCUAUGCGGAACUCAUCAAUGUAGACACGAUGGUGCACCAGGUGUCCACGCUCUCGCUCAACGCCUUCGACUUCUACGUGAUUCACUUUGUGCUGUACGCCCUGCAGCCGCUGCACUCCAUCAAUCCCAUAGCCAUGCAAAUCCACAACGUGCGCAGCAAAACAAUCUACCUGAAACUGGUGUCCGAGUACCUUAACAACUUCCUGCCGUUGGUGCCCGAUGCACGCAUAGAACCGGUGCACUUCAGCAGCGGCGUUAAGGCUCCACAGCCAUUGCCAGCGCAGGCAUUACAACCCCAAAGACAACCGCGCUACAUAAAGAUCCCCAGCUCCUAUCGCAAUGGCGGAAACGUGUCGGGCGGAGGUGGCAGUCCCAAUGCAAGCGUUGGCGGCGGUAACACAUCACCACAGUCCAACAGCCCAAAUGCCACCGCGAACAGGGCCUACGCCUGGCGAUCUGAGAGCGUACUCCACUUCUUCGUAGACAUCUGGCUGCGCUACGACAUCGAGUCGGAGCAUCAUUUGCCCAGCAGCGAUUUUGUGCGCGGCGUACGCACGUUGGUCAAGCAGGUCCACUUCUUUGCGAAUGGGGCUCAGCACGAUCACAGUUCGCUGUGCGCGCUGCGUAAGAUAUCGUUGAGUAUGGUUAAGUCAAGGAUCUACGCCUUUAUAUGUGGAUUGAUCGAUCGUUGGCCUCUGGACAGCUCGUUGAUGGUGGUGCUGGAGCUCUGGCUCAGUUACAUUCAGCCAUGGAGAUACACCAUUGCGGCGCUGAACAAUAAGACACCUAGCAUUUCCUACAGGCCGCCCAUUACGUCCUGCUUCGAUGGCUUUAUUAUCGACAAUCUUAUUAUGUACACACACAUAUUUAUGCAGUUACUGCCACACUUUGGGCGGUUGGAUUACACCGUAUAUCGGAACGCAUUUAUGCUGUACCGCCUGGCCACAAUCUUCUCUCAACACGAUUUAGUAGAUAGACUGCAGCGUUUUGAGCGUCUCCAUGGAGGCAAUGCUUAUGGCUUUGACUCGCCCCAGCGACAAGUCAACAUGAUGAACAAAUCCUAUUCUCCGGGCUCUCAGUGGAAUCAAGUCGUUAGCACAAGCUCCGCCAAGCUUUUUAGUUAUCCCAUGCAAACGCAAAUGGAAAGCUUCUUGUUCCUGAUCAGUAUGGCCCGAAACUCGGUGCUCAGAGACAUCGCUAAGCUGCGCAACGAAAUUGCGGAGAAACAGCGCUCUGAGGGAUUUCUUAAGAACUUUUAUAACAAGGUCUUCGGCGAGUGCACCCAGGAUGAAGUGACCCUGCGCGAGUUCAGUCGCAUUCCGGAGGUUUUGCGUCAAUGCAUCGACGCCUUCUGUCGAACGUUUAAUGUUGAUCAAGCGAAUCUAUCUAUGCAUGAAAAUCUGCCAGAGGAGCCAUUAUUGCCUACUGCGACUGCGGUGCAAAAUUUCAGCUUUUUCGACGCCAGCGACUCCCUGGACACCUCAAAGCUGAACCCGCACCAAAUGUCGCUCAAUGCGUCUAGCAUGCAUGCCACUGUUGAUCCUGCAACGCUGCCCAUCCAGACCAAUGAGGUUAAAGCAUUGGUAAGAAUGCUGCACUUUGUAUCUGACAAGAUAAACCAAAAGUAUGGUAGUCAAAUACAAGGAUUCUACGUCCGCGACGAUUACUGCGGAAAAGUUGCUCGGCAACUGUUGUACGCUCCGAUGACGGAACAGUGGUUUGACAAAAGCUCCGGCCAAGUGGACAUAUGUGAAAACACGGUUCCUCCGCGAGUUUGCCUACGACCAUUGGGCUCUAUACCCGCUCUUACAACGAUCGGUUGUUUCCUGAUCCUGGGACAACUGGUGUGGGGUGCCCCCAUCUUGGGACUAUUUUUUCUGGCCAUUGUGCUCUUAUUCUAUACCUUGCUGCAGGCAUUGUUUUCCUAGUUUGAAAUGUUUAACUAGAUAGGUUACGAAAUAUGUGACAUUUAUAUAUUUGUAUAAAACUAAAGAAACUACGAUUACAA